AUGUAUAUUGCUGCGAUUUGUCGAGCGCUUCUCGACUACUGGAUGGAAAUCUUUAUGAGCAGCGCAUUUUGUUAUUUUGUCGGCUCUGCGAUCUACAACCUCUAUUUCAGCCCCUUGGCAAGGUACCCUGGUCCAUUGUUGUCAAAGAUCUCCUCUGUUCCGGACUUUUACUGGUCGUUGACUGGAGCUCGGCACCUAUGGAUUGCGCAUAAUCAUAGAGUCUACGGAGAAGUAUUUCGCUAUCGUCCCGAUGGCCUUCUUUUCAAAACUCCACAGGCGUAUCGCGAUAUCUUCAACAAAAAAGCCAAUGUCAAGCGCUCAAAGUUUUACGACGUUAUGACCCGCCAUCCAGAAGACACCAGUACACUCACAGGAACUGAUCCGGUGCUUCAUGCGCAAAAACGACGCGUCUUGAACACUGUGUUUUCCGAAAAGUCGAUUCGCUCCAUGGAACCCCUUCUAGCUAAACAUGUCACCCGGUGGUGUGAGCUCCUCGUUGAUGGCGAUGGAGCCGAGUGGUCUUCGCCCAGAAAAAUGUCAGAUACUUGCGAUUAUCUUGUUCUUGAUGUACUCUGUGACCUUUGUUUUGGCCGGACAGUUAAUACGAAGGAACCGGGUGAGAAUGAGUAUCGCAAGAUCCCGCACAUCAUCGCAUUCUUCCUAAAGAUUCUAUAUCCGCUCGGCCAUUCGCCAUGGUUGAACCUUGUUGCAUGGCUCAAGCCACGAGGCCUUGACUGGCUUCUCGGGGUGAUGACUCCGCCACAAGUUCGGUUCCUAUACGACUUUGUGCGAGAGUCACUGGAUCAGAGACUGAAGCUGCAGAGUUCCGAGCCACAUCAAAGACGAAAUGAUAUGUUACAGCAUCUUAUCGAUGCAGUAGAUCCGCUAACGGGUCAACCAGGGUUCAACCCGGCAGCACUGGAAGCCGAGGUAGUCAUGUUAACCAUUGCAGGUUCAGAUACCACGUCUGUAAUCUUAGCGGGAUUCUUCUUCUACAUCACUCGCACGCCUCACGCAUACGCAAGGAUUGUCAACGAGAUCAGAAGCACGUUCCAAUCCUUCGAGGAAUUAAAAAGCGGCCCGAAGCUUCUGUCCAGCUGCCCCUAUAUGCGCGCUUGUGUAGACGAGGCAAUGCGAAUCACACCCGCCGGACCCUCCGAGCUACCGCGAAUUGUUCUUGCAGGCGGCAUGAUGAUCGACGGGGCAUAUAUCCCCGAGGGCACGACCGUCGGCGUGUCUCACUGGAGCUUCUAUCGCAACGAGGAAUAUUUCGCAGACCCUGAUACAUAUCAACCUGAGAGAUGGAUAGUUGAUUCAGCAACUGGAGUCACCGAAGAGGAUGUGGCCCGGGCCCGUUCAAGCUGUGUUCCGUUCACUGCUGGAACAACAAGCUGUGCUGGAAAGAACUUCGCCCUUCUGGAGAUUUACCUGACGAUUGCCAAAACGCUUUGGAUGUAUGAUAUGCGCCUGCUCCCGGGGGACACGACAGGAACGGGAAACAAGCAGAGUAUCUGGGGAAAACAUGACUUGAACGUGUUCCAGGUCAUUGACAGCUACAUUAGCAUCAGGGAGGGACCAAUGGUGCAAUUCCGCAAGAGAGCAUAG